CAAACCCAAACAAAAAGCAAUCCGCACACACUAAAUCAUGGGCAAGAAAGACAAGAAUAAGGAACCGGCGGAUGCUGCAGCAGCUGGCGAUGCACCACCCGUUGAUGGCCCACCGGCGGGCGAGGGCGGCGAUGGUGAGAUUGUGGGCGGACCACGCAAUCCCCAACAAAUUGCGGCACAGAAGCGCUUGCAACAGACGCAGGCUCAAGUUGAUGAGGUUGUAGACAUUAUGCGCACGAAUGUGGAAAAGGUGCUGGAGCGUGAUGCCAAGCUCUCGGAGCUGGAUGAUCGUGCCGAUGCCUUGCAGCAGGGCGCCUCGCAAUUCGAGCAGCAGGCUGGCAAACUAAAACGAAAGUUCUGGUUGCAAAACUUGAAGAUGAUGAUCAUAAUGGGCGUUAUUGGACUGGUUAUCGUUGGCAUAAUAGCAAAUAAGCUGGGCCUCAUAGGCGGUGAGCAGCCGCCGCAGUAUCCACAGUAUCCGCAGUAUAUGCCACCACCACCACCGCAACAACAGCAGCCACCUGCCGGCGGACAAUCGGCGCUGGUUGAUGAUGGGGCCGGAACAGGCGCUGCAGCUGACGCCGGAACUGGAGCAGGCUCCCAUGGGGGCGUAUAAGUAAUUAUGGAUGGCAUUUACUUGUAAAGCCAAAUAAAAUCUUUGAAUCUCUUCAAAUAAAUAAAAUGAAAUAAAAAUACAAAUAAAAUUAACUUGAGAAUUGCAAACAUUUUAAGGGAACUAUGACUCAGUAUAAAGAGAAUAUAAUUAUGAUAUAAUAAAAA